GAUUCGCGCGCAACUCAGUGUGCAAGAAGUAAGACACAGAUCAGCGGUGGUGUGAUGUCAUCUCUGGAUUAUCACUGUGAAUGCCAUGUCCGACAUAAAAAUGUCCCGAUCACAUCUCUGAAGUCGCUGCGCGCGCUUUGACGUCUGCCAUAAGACAAGCAUUAUGCACUUGUGGAACGCGAUGGAAACCGAAGGAACUCAUGGCACCUUUUAAAUGGUUUGCUGAUGUAAGACACCGGUGCGUCUUUUAGGCUGACCACAUUCAGGCGCGGAGCAGAAAGGAUGCGCGCAACAUGGACUUGAGCGGACUCAACGGCACGGAGGAGCCCAACGCGACUGCAGCUGCAGCUUGGCCACACACAGAGGCCACGGCGGCCUUUAUUAUCCUCGUGGUGACGCUUCUUAUCCUGGUUACCAUUGUUGGGAACGCGCUGGUCAUCGUAGCCGUGCUAACGAGCCAUGCGUUGCGCGCACCCCAAAACCUCUUUCUGGUGUCUCUGGCCUCGGCGGACAUCCUGGUGGCAGCUCUUGUCAUUCCCUUCUCGCUCGCCAACGAGGUGAUGGGGUACUGGCGCUUCGGGAGCGCGUGGUGCGCGCUCUACCUGGCGCUGGACGUGCUUUUCUGCACGUCCUCCAUUGUGCACCUGUGCGCAAUCAGCCUAGACCGCUACUGGUCGGUAACCGAAGCAGUUAGCUAUAACGCGAAGCGCACGCCAGCGCGUGUCAAAUCCACAAUCGCGGUGGUAUGGGCAAUCUCCGCGGUCAUCUCCUUCCCGCCGCUGGUCAUGACCGAGCACAACGAACGGGUAUGCAUCAUUAACGAGGAGCCGUGGUACAUCCUGUCGUCAGCAAUCGUGUCCUUCUUUGCGCCCGCAAUCAUCAUGAUCGCCGUCUACCGCAAGAUCUACCGAGUGGCCAAGCAGCGCGCGUCAGCCGUCUUCGCAGCUAAAAACGGUGGCCCACGGCCGCGCAACUCACCUUCCGACACGUGCCUUGCGCGCGAUGCCAAACCUGAAGCGGAGAGCCCGAGCAGCCUGAGCUCCGGGAGCAAGGAGAGACGGAGAAGAAACGAGGACGACGACGACGACGAAGAGGAGCUGGAUGACAUCGAUCUGGAGGAGAGCUGCGCUUGGGACGGUCAGCCCAAAAAAAGUGGCAGCGCGCGCUUCGCCAAGCGCAGGAAAGUGGAAGGUCGGACGGAGCGGACCUGCUGCCGCACAACGCCGUGGGCUUCCAAACAACCCCGCACUGUGCCGCGCGUCUCCAGGCCGCUGAAUGCCGUGAGACCGAGCGCACGGAAAACAAGAGCGGCGCAGCUGCGUGAGAGACGCUUCACCUUCGUUCUCGCGGUGGUGAUGGGAGUGUUUGUGCUUUGCUGGUUCCCGUUUUUCUUCACUUACAGCCUGCAGGCGGUGUGCGGGGAACAGUGCCGAGCGCCAGAGGGCUUGUUCAAGCUCUUCUUCUGGAUCGGUUACUGUAACAGCUCCGUUAACCCCAUUAUUUAUACAAUAUUUAACCGUGACUUCCGGAAGGCGUUUAAGAAAAUCAUGUGCGCUUCUGCAACUCAGCGGGUCUGAUCAGGAUUUUUCUGGGAACUUUGGACAUCAUGGACAAGUUUAUUUAAAACGGGGUUGCCAGAUGUUUCUGUAUCAUUCUUCAUCACGGUUUAAAAUAAUAUAUGGGACCAAAAUAUAAUUUUACCAAAUGAGUGCCAAACUUUAAUGAAAUUUCAAGGUUCACCAGAAAAACAACAAAUAAUAAUAAUAAUAAUAACAAUAACAACAAAAACGAUAAAAAUAACAAUACUAUUUAUAAUAAUAAUAAUAAUAAUAAUAAUAAUAAUAAUAAUAAUAAUAAUAAUAAUAAGCAAAUUUUUCCUCCACAGCACAAUACGAUUUAAGUUGAGAACUAAACCAAUGACCUUGUAAGUCUGGCAUCACUAUUUUACAGACAUUAUUUUUGUUUACAUUAUGUUUGUAUAUAGCCUUUUUAAGUGUUUAUAAUGUAAAAAAAAAGAGUAAGACAACGUUUUAAAAUAAGCUAUAAAUGUGUUACAUAUGUCCUUGUUUGUCUUGGUAAUGACGUGUGUAAAACAAAAUAUUCCACUGUCCGAAAUCAUGAAUCAGCAAAUUGUCCUAUAAAUCAUUCAUCUGCAAAUUCUUUCUGUGCUACAAAAAGAAUUAUUUUCAUUUUAAAAAUAAAGUCACUUUGCCUUAAAUUUAUAAACAGUUCAACACAAAAAUAAUAAUAAAAAAAAGAUUAUUAUGGACAGUAUUGGUAAAUUAAUCCUUAACGUAUUCCAUUGUGUCCAGCUGGGCUUAUAUAAACAUUAUUAAUUCCAAUGUUAUUUAGUUUAUUAAGCAAGUGUUCAUUUAGAAUUGUAGCUGUCAGUUUGAUACUAAGCUUUUUUCAGCAGCAUUGUGGCAUUUUAUUGUGUAACAUUACACAAAAAAUUGUUCUAAUCCAAACAGGGUUGUCCAAUCUUAUCCGGAAAGGUGCA